AUCCCGUCCCCGAGCCUCUACCCAAGCCGGCGUCAGCCGUGGUCAGCCGAGAGUGAAGUUGUGCGAUUCAUCGCGACUGUUACGUCCCGCCGGGCAGGAAGGUACACGCGAAAAAUCGAAUCCGAUUUUUUCCCGUCGAUCCCGAUCACCCAGACGCGCGCGCCCGCGGCCCGGCACCCCGGCGAAAUUGACCGUGGUGGACACCCGCCUCCGCUCGGCCGUCCGUCCGGAGGAACGCCAUUGUCAACCGUACUGACUGUGCGGCACGAAACCGUGUGUGUGUGUGUGUGCUAGCCCCGAUUUCGACGAAAAAUUAGCUCGAGAUGGCAAACGAGCCCGAUAUGCCCACCUUCAAGUGCGUGCUGGUCGGCGACGGCGGCACCGGCAAGACCACCUUCGUCAAACGGCAUCUGACCGGCGAGUUCGAGAAGAAGUACGUCGCCACGCUGGGCGUCGAGGUCCACCCGCUGAUCUUUCACACCAAUCGCGGACCGAUCCGCUUCAACGUCUGGGACACGGCCGGCCAGGAGAAGUUCGGCGGCCUCCGCGACGGCUACUACAUUCAGGGCCAGUGCGCCGUCAUCAUGUUCGACGUCACCUCCAGGGUGACGUACAAAAACGUGCCCAACUGGCACAGGGAUCUCGUACGUGUCUGCGAGAACAUACCGAUUGUUCUCUGCGGCAACAAAGUCGAUAUCAAGGACAGAAAAGUCAAGGCCAAGAGCAUCGUGUUCCAUCGAAAGAAGAAUCUACAGUACUACGACAUAAGCGCAAAGAGUAAUUACAACUUUGAGAAGCCGUUCCUGUGGCUGGCGCGCAAGUUGAUCGGUGAUCCAAAUCUGGAAUUCGUCGCUAUGCCCGCGCUGCUGCCGCCGGAGGUCACCAUGGACCCGCAGUGGCAGCAACAAAUCGAGAAGGAUCUCAAGGAAGCUCAAGAAACAGCAUUACCAGAGGACGACGAAGAUCUUUAGUUUAUUUAACACUGGGGGGAUGGCCUUUACGGAGAGUAAGGCCUAUUUACGCGGGUGCUCCUCGGGUUGUAUCGCGCACUCGUACAUCUUCAUAGAGGUCGAGGAUUCUUUCUUUGAGAAAAAAAAAAUAAUAAUAAACUUUUACAUGUAAUAAUUUAGUUCGAUGCUUUAGACUGGACUCACACAACUUCUGUGAACUUGCUGCAUGUUACGUCUCUAUAGCCUUAAAGAUGGGUCGCUUGAAUGCGUUAUAAUGUGGAAUGCGCUACAUGUGUGUGAUGGUGGUGUAUGAUGCGAUUUGCACUUGGAUGUCUAGAUUUUGUAAAAUUCCCAAUGCAAUGAUGGUGAUAAUAUAUUGUCACGUAAAUUUGUGAAUUAAGACACGGAAUAAAGUAUAAUAAUGGUGAAACUGAAGUAACGACUUGUGUGAUAACGAGUUCAUCCGAACAGUCCGUUGAAGUACUACAAGUUAUAUACAACGUAAUAGCGAAACAACUGAAGGAGAGAUUCAUGGCAUUUUCCGAUUCGCUCGUUUGUAUAGAUGUGCGUGCGUGCGUGUUUAUGUACAUAUAUACAUAAGAAAUGGUGGAGUUGUGUAAGGCGUGCUCUGUAUAUUAAACACAAUCGCGCUAACCCACUUUAAGGCGUAUAAAAAGUAACGUUGUUUCUUUUCUUUUU